AUGGACGUCAAGUUGCUGCUGCGGGCAACUCGCCGCGUCGUACGCGCAGCCACGAGACCCGCUCCAGCCACGGCAGCUCUGUGGCCAUCUGCUCGUCCCGUAGCUAACGCGGUGUACGCUCCUCGUCUGCGGUUCUCGAGCAGCAAGGCCAGCGACGUGGACAACAAGAAGAAGACGAACACGAGCCGGAACGUCGCAGCCUCUGAGCUCUUUGCCUCGAAGGACGACAGUGACUCAGAUUCUGAUUCGGACUCUGAUUCGGAUUCUGUCUCUGAUUCGGGAGACGAUUCCGUUGAUGCAGUCGAUGAGGGCGAGGAGCUGCUGCCGAUCGACGAAGACGGGAUCUCCACGGCGGAGCGACGCCGUCGACUCGACGCGUUUUUGGUGCAUAACGCCGAGUUCUUUGACGAGAAGCGCUGGGGUGCGCAGGACGGCGACAAGUGGUUUGGCUUUGACGGCGACAUUGACGCGGUGACGGACGAGGGCGUGCCCACAUGGCUACAGUCUGUUCGCAACAUGGUGAGCGUCGAGGAAGAGCGGGCGGCACGGGCCAAGUCGGCUCGGAUCGCCUUCCACGAGGCCAAGAACAAGAUUGUGCGCGUGCAAGAGCUCGACGCACAGGGACGUGCUUACGGUACUGGACGGCGCAAGACGAGCGUCGCCCGUGUGUGGGUCAAGCCAGCUGCCCAGCCUUUUACGGGCUGCAUCAAGGUGAACAAGAAGGACCUCGUCGACUACUUUGUGCGGGACACGCACCGGGACGACGUGCUCCAGCCUUUCCAGGUGGUGGAACAGGUGGGCGGAUUCGAUGUCUACUGUACCGUCAAAGGAGGAGGAAUGACGGGCCAGGCUGGUGCGGUGCGUCACGGCAUUGCUCGUGCGUUGGAGAAGUUUGACCCGGAGCUGCGUCCGGCGCUGAAGAAAGCAGGACUGAUCACGCGUGAUCCACGAAUGGUCGAGAGGAAGAAGGCUGGACAGGCCAAGGCUCGCAAGAAAUUCCAGUGGGUCAAGAGAUAG